AUACAUGUGCCGGUGGCAGUCUAGAAACUCUCAUCUUUAUCACAUUUCCCAAUAGAAAGUAGGCAUACAAGAACUAUAUAUAUAUAUACAAGCUUCAUCCGAUCAAAAUCGAUACAGUUUUCAUUUUUGCAGAUAUAUACAUACAUACACACGUACGUUUAAUUUUUUUAGAGAGAGAAAGAGAGAAAAAAAAGAGGAUGGAGAAAGCAGUUGAAAGGCAGAGAGUUUUGCUGCAACACCUUCGUCCUUCCUUCACUUCGUCGUCGCUUGAGGAUAUUGAAUCUUCACUUUCCGCAUCUAUAUGUUCAGCAGGGGAUAGUGCAGCAUACCAUCGAUCUUCUGUAUUCGGUGAUGAUGUAGUCAUAGUGGCUGCCUAUCGAACUGCCUUGUGCAAGUCGAAGAGGGGUGGCUUCAAGGACACUUAUCCUGAUGAUUUGCUAGCACCUGUUUUGAGGGCAGUAAUGGAAAAAACAAAUGUAAAUCCAAGUGAAGUUGGGGACAUUGUUGUGGGCACUGUCUUGGCACCGGGCUCCCAGAGAGCAAGUGAAUGCAGGAUGGCUGCAUUCUAUGCCGGUUUCCCAGAAACUGUACCUGUUAGAACCGUGAAUAGGCAGUGCUCUUCCGGUCUUCAAGCAGUAGCUGAUGUUGCUGCAGCUAUCAAAGCUGGAUUUUACGACAUUGGGAUUGGUGCUGGUUUGGAGUCGAUGACCGUGAAUCCUAUGGCUUGGGAAGGAUCAGUCAAUCCAAGAGUAAAAACGAUGGCACAAGCGCAAGAUUGCCUUCUUCCCAUGGGUAUUACUUCAGAGAAUGUUGCCCAUCGUUUCGGAGUGACUAGGCAGGAGCAAGAUCAGGCUGCUGUCGAUUCGCAUAGAAAGGCUGCUGCUGCGACUGCUUCAGGAAAAUUUAAAGAUGAAAUAGUACCAGUGAAAACCAAGAUUGUAGACCCAAAAACUGGGGAUGAGAAACCAGUUACAAUAUCUGUUGAUGAUGGCAUACGGCCAAACAGCUCAGUGGCGGAUUUGGGCAAGCUGAAACCCGUUUUCAAGAAAGAUGGCUCAACCACUGCUGCCAAUUCUAGCCAAGUGAGUGAUGGUGCUGGAGCUGUUCUACUCAUGAAGAGAAGUAUCGCCAUGCAGAAAGGACUCCCCAUCCUCGGUGUAUUCAGGAGCUUUUGUGCUGUUGGUGUAGAUCCUGCAAUCAUGGGUAUUGGUCCAGCUGUUGCAAUUCCUGCGGCUGUGAAAGCUGCUGGUCUUGAACUUGGGGAUAUUGAUCUUUUUGAGAUAAAUGAGGCAUUUGCUUCGCAAUUCUUGUACUGCCAGAAGAAGCUUGAACUUGAUCCAGCUAAAAUCAAUGUCAAUGGAGGUGCCAUGGCAAUCGGACAUCCUUUGGGUGCAACAGGAGCUCGCUGUGUUGCCACCUUAUUGCAUGAAAUGAAGCGCCGAGGCAAAGAUUGUCGAUUUGGUGCGGUGUCAAUGUGUAUAGGCACUGGGAUGGGUGCUGCUGCUGUUUUUGAAAGAGGCGAUUCUUGUGAUGAGCUUUCCAAUGCACGCAAGAUCGAAGCACAGAACUUUCUGUCCAAGGAUGCUCGAUAAACUCCAUUCCUAGCUUCACGACUUUCAAUAAUUAGUAUUAUAUUGGCAUUCAGAAUUCAAUAAUAUCAUGUAAUAAUUUCUGGGCGAUUCUCGACUUCGCCCCAGUGAAACCCUAGUUUCAUAGGUAUAACCAAAUCAAUCACGACGGGUGUGGUGUAUGGUGUAAGUUGAACGAUCUCUGUUUCAGAAAGAACCUUUUCUCUUUGUAUUACUCUAUGCAUUAUGGAGGCAUUCUUGCAUUGUAUCUUCCAAUUAAUAGAUUUAUUGUUCAUUGUGAA